GCUCGGUGUUGCUAAAAUGGCUUAGUUAGCUAAUCGUUCCGAGCGGAAGCGAGCAGAAAAUCUGGCAGAGAGAAGAUGGCGGCUGAGAGUGUUGCGCUCUGAAAAGACGGCCUUGACCCCUAAAGUUCGUCGAAUAACACUCUCCAAGGACCACGCAGUCUAAAACAAGCAAGCAGAACCAGGAGGCGGCUAAUAAGUAGCGUCGUUACCGUCAGACGCGGAGAGGGCUCGACCAUUUUUCCGCCGUUGUCUUUAUCGCCAGCCUGUGCUAACCGUAGCUAGCGCUAGCUAGCUAGCCGCUACUUCGAGGCAUUGGCUUGUUUUACGGCUCCGAAAACCUUGUCGGAUUCGUGUCGGGGUGAAAUGUCGAUUUAAGCGAGUUUUCUCUUCCGUCGAGGCGGCGUCAUCUGUAUGAAUACCUUUUUGCUGGACCGUGAGCGAAGCUAGUAGAAGAAGACUCCUCUUUUCCAGCUGGCUUACAACGACGAGGCAUUGUUGGAGCUAGCUAGCCGCGAGCCCGGUCGUCCGCACUGCCGCGUCCGUGUCUGCAUGGUGAGCUAACGCUGGGCCGGCUUGUCCUACAGCGCAUUUCCUAAAGUACAUCGAGCGGCGGUUGGGAUUUGGUGGAGAUUAUGGCGAGCAGCAGUGGCUCCAAAGCCGAGUUCAUAGUAGGGGGAAAGUACAAGCUUGUCAGAAAAAUCGGAUCCGGAUCUUUCGGCGACAUAUACCUGGCCAUCAACAUCACAAAUGGGGAGGAGGUAGCGGUAAAGUUGGAAUCACAGAAAGCUAGACAUCCGCAAUUACUAUACGAAAGCAAGCUGUACAAAAUCCUACAAGGAGGCGUCGGGAUUCCACAUAUAAGAUGGUAUGGCCAGGAGAAAGACUAUAAUGUGCUAGUCAUGGACCUGUUGGGUCCAAGUCUAGAAGACCUUUUCAACUUCUGCUCUCGUCGCUUCACCAUGAAAACUGUCCUCAUGCUGGCAGACCAGAUGAUCAGCAGGAUCGAGUAUGUGCACACAAAGAACUUCAUCCACAGAGACAUCAAGCCAGACAACUUCCUCAUGGGCAUCGGGCGUCACUGUAACAAGUUGUUCCUUAUUGACUUUGGUUUGGCCAAGAAAUACCGAGACAACCGAACGCGGCAGCACAUCCCUUACAGAGAAGACAAGAAUUUGACGGGCACAGCACGCUACGCCUCCAUCAAUGCACAUUUGGGCAUCGAACAAAGUCGUCGUGAUGACAUGGAGUCACUAGGCUAUGUGCUGAUGUACUUCAACAGAACCAGCCUACCGUGGCAAGGAUUAAAGGCUGCUACCAAGAAGCAGAAAUACGAGAAAAUCUCAGAGAAGAAGAUGUCCACCCCUGUGGAGGUACUCUGUAAGGGCUUCCCAGCAGAGUUUGCAAUGUAUCUGAACUACUGCCGCGGCCUGCGCUUCGAGGAGGCCCCAGAUUACAUGUACCUGCGCCAGCUUUUCCGCAUCUUGUUCAGGACUUUGAACCACCAGUAUGACUACACAUUUGACUGGACCAUGCUGAAACAGAAAGCAGCCCAGCAGGCGGCCUCCUCCGGGGGCCAAGGCCAGCAGGCGCAAACCCCCACAGGCAAGCAAACUGACAAACCCAAGCCUAACAUGAAAGGUUUUUGAGCGUUAAGUGUAUGUGUCGGCGAUGGAUAGCCAAGCAGAGUGGACUCAGGCGGAGCAGCAGAACCGCUGGCAACCAACACCACAACUUACUCAGCCGGCUUCUCUUUCUCAGAAAACCGAAAAACAAACUCUUUCUCUUUCCUUCAAUUAUAACUAUCUAUGUAAUGGAUAUAUAGAUAUGCACAUGCCUCUGUCUGCAGUAAUAUCUAUAUAUUGGUAUGUAUAUAAAUCUCUCCACCCUAAAAGAAAGAAUUUAAAAAAACCUUUCUUUCCCCAAUAAAGAAGCUGUUGCCCUGCUCCCUCCUCUUCCUUUACUCCAUGCCCUGCCACCUCUCCUCCGUCUGUCCCCCUCCUCUCUGAACCUAGUCUUUUCGUUUGGUUUCUUAGGCUACAGAGGUUAUCAAGGUGAAUGAUCAGUGGAUUCUCUCUCUUUUCUCCUCCUAAGGAUACCUUCUCAUGGUAAACACCAUCUAGAACAUGUUUAUUCUCCCUCGCGCCGCUCCUCUAUUAUUAUACUUUCUCUGCCUCUACCCAAGUAAGAUAUUAAUUGAAAAACUGUUCUCUCCCCUGUUGUUUUGAAAACAAAAUUGUGGGGAUUAUUUACUUAAUCAGAAAUGUUUUGUUUUUUUUUGUUUUGUUUUGUUUUGUUUUUUUCCUUUGGGGGGUGUUUUUCCUAUGGUGAUUAGGAGUGUGCCUGUUGCGUAGGAGCAGCUGUUUGUAUUGUGCGGCUGACAGCGACAGUCUAUGAUGAAAUAAUACUCUGGCUCUCUCCCUUUCUCUCAACAACUCUGCAUUAUAAUUAAACCUGUUGUUAAACUAUGGUCUUCUGAAACGGUCUCCAAAAUGCCAAUAAAAAUAUGGAAUAACA